AUGGGCUUGAAUCGGUCACCUCUUGCCGAGUGACUCCUGCACAGGCCAUGACUUAACAUCACACUCGACCCUCUGUCACCAAAUAGGCUGUACCCCCUGCAGUUUCCUCUGGCGAAACCUGCCCACCUUGUCUUUGGAUGUGUUGAUGCAGGCGUUGUGCUUGUUGCUCUGCAGGUGGUGCCAGUACUUGAGCAGUUCGUUGGGGUGAAACUGGUGGGAGGUUAUAAGGUGGCUGUACUUGCAGCUGGAGUAGGACACCCGCCAGUGGUUGAACAGGAACUCGUUAGGCGGUGGCGUGGGUUCGAUCCGCAGCUUGGCCAGGCAGAUGCCCACGUAAACGUCCUCCAGAUGCAGCCUGCGGAUGCCUAGAGAGGCCCUGUAGAUCUUCCCCGCCAGGUCCCCCGAGAACACAUAGCCCGUUCCCGAGCAGAAAGUGGGGUACCUCUCGCUGGGGUACAGCUCUGGGGACAUGUACCACUUGCUAUUCUUGUUUCUGUUGGGUGCAUAGCCCCUCAUCAGGUAGCCCGUAAAGUAGUCCAGUUUGGGCUGCAUCUCUGGCCGGAGCAGCUUGUGGACGAGAUACUCUGUGUUGACAAACAUGUCACUGUCUGUCUUCAUGACGUAUUUGGUGCCCGGGCAGUGCGCUGACACCCAGUGCAUGCCCAUCAGGGUUUUGAUGGUCAGGUUGUUGUAAGUGUCCAUGUAAUCCUGCUGGAUGAUGUCACGGUGCCUCCGGCUCUCGGCCUCCAGGCUGCUCUGCUGCAGGCGACCCACCCUGCCCUCCUUCACACCCAGCAGGAAGAGGCGAACAAAGCCUAGGCCCGGGGCAAUGCUCUCGUUCCCCCAGGUCUGCCGAAUGGUCUCCCUGGCCUCCACCUGCUGGGCCUCCGUGGCUAUCAGCAGCACCAGGAAGGGCACUGGGUUGCCCUCCCGGCACUUGUCGGGCUCGUUGAUGAUGUAAGGGUAUGGCUCUGAGGUCAGCAGGCCCCUUAGCCUGACCUCUCCGCUCAAGCUAGCAUUAGCCGCCACAGAGUUCUCCAGUCCCGUAACCCCCUGCGGUGAGGAGGAGUUCUGAGGGAAACUGAGGUUGGCUUUCAUUUUCGGAGGCGCAGGGGGAACCGGUGCAUCCCUCCAUAGAAUCUGUGAGGAGCUGUGAUUCCCUUUGGAGCGUAGUCCUCCUCCGGCAUAAGCCACUGGGUGCUCCCUCUGCCAUGUUGGUCCCUUGAGGCCCGGCAGCCAGUCCUGAUGGCCCAGGAUGACCAGGAGUGAGAGGAGAGACAAUAGGCCGGCAACGUGCGUGCAACAGUGGCGCCGCCUCCACUGCAUGGUGGCUACGUGCACCACCUCACUCGGGCAGCGGUAACACCAAACUUUUAUCGCUGAUUAUGGAGUAAUUAGUCGGGGGGGGGGGGGGCUCCUGAGGGAUCUACACCAGAGCUGGUGCAUGCAGCACUGUACCGUACCAUCCAAGUCACUGAAUUGUUGGUCAGUGGUCAAACCUACCCGUAUGUUUCAACCAGGUUCAUGCUCAGGGAUGAAGUGCAGUCUUCAGCAGAGGCCGACAUUUUUAUCUAGGAGGAAAAACAACAGUGAUGAUGUUAGCACAAGUUAAAACCAUCAAACGCUUGGUGCAUUUGGAAAGUAUUCAGACCCCUUUACUUCUAAAGUGGAUUAAAUUCCCCCCCCCACCCCCCCCAAACUACACACAAUACCCCAUAAUGACAAAGCAAAAACAGUUUUUAGAAAUGUUAGCAAAUGUAUAAAGCAUCUUAUUUACAUAAGUAUUCAGACCCUUUACUGAGUACUUUGUUGAAGCACCAUGGGCAGCGAUUACAGCCUUGAAUCUUCUUGGGUGUCAUGCUACAAGCUUGGAACACCUGUAUUUGGGGAGUUUCUCCUAUUCUUCUCUGCAGAUCCUCUCAAGCUCUGUCAGGUUGGAUGGGGAGCGUUGCUGCACAGCUAUUUUCAGGUCUCUCCAGAGAUGUUUGAUCGUGUUCAAGUCCGGGCUCUGGCUGGGCCACUCAAGGAAAUUCAAAGACUUGUCCCGCAGGCACUCCUGCGUUGUCUUGGCUGUGUGCUUAGGGUCGGUGUCCUGUUGGAAGGUGAACCUUUGCCCCAGUCUGAGGGGGCGAAGGUUCAUCGUAGGGAUGGUGCCAGGUUUCCUCCAGACGUGAAGCUUGGCAUUCAGGCCAAAAAGCAAUCUUGGUUUCAUCAGGCCAGAGAAUGUUGUUUCUCAUGGUCUGAGAGUCUUUUGGUGCCUUUUGGCAAACUCCAAGCAGGCUGUCGUGCCUUUUUACUCAGGAGUGGCUUCCAUCUGGCCACUCUACCAUAAAGGCCUGAUUUGUGGAGUGCUGCAGAGAUGGUUGUCCUUCUGGAAGGUUCUCACAUCUCCACAGAGGAACUCUGGAGCUCUGUCAGAGUGAUCAUCGGGUUCUUGGUCACCUCCCUGACCAAGGCCCUUCUCCCCCGAUUGCUCAGUUUGGCCAGGCAGCUAGCUCUAGGAGGAGUCUUGGUGGUUCCAACUUUUUAAAGAAUGAUAGAGGCCACUGUGUUCUUGGACCUUCAAUGCUGGAGAAAUGUUUUUGUACCCUUUCCCAGAUCUGUGCCUCGACACAAUCCUGUCUUGGAGCUCUACGGACAAUUCCUUUGACCUCAUGGCUUGGUUUUUGCAAUGACAUGUACUGUCAACUGUGGGACCUUAUAUAGACAGGUGUGUGCCUUUCCAAAUCAUGUCCAAUCAAUUGAAUUUAUCACAGGUGGACUCCAAUCAAGUUGUGGAAACAUCUCAAUGAUGAUCAAUGGAAACAGGAUGCACCUGAGCUCAAUUUCAAGUCUCAUAGCAAAGGGUCUGAAUACUUACGUAAAUAAGGUUUUUCUGUUUUAAUUUUUUAUAAAUUUGCACACAAAACCAAAGUUUUUUGCUUUGUCAUUAUGGGCUAUUGUGUGUAGAUUGAUGAAAAAUAUAUUUAAUCAAUUUUAGAAUAAGACUGUAACGUAACAAAAAUUUGAUAAAGUCAAGGGGUCUGAAUACUUUCCGAAUGCACUGUCAAUCAUUCAUCGACUAGUGUUGAAUUAACUGAAGUAUACUCUUCAAAGCAUAUGAGCCCUGUUAAGUGUCAUUUAGACUGGCUAAUGAGCCUCCCCUGCUUUCUGAGAGAGUUGUUGGUACAGUAACUAUCAUUCACACUACAGAGUUUACAAAACAUUAGGAACACCUGCUUUUUCCAUGAGACUGACCAGGUGAAUCCUAUGAUCCCUUAUUGAUGUCACCUGUUAAAUCCACUUCAAUCAGUGUAGAUAAAGAGAAGACUGGUUAAAGAAGGAUUUUUAAGCCUUGGGACACUUGAGAAAUGGAUUGUGUAUGUGUGCCAUUCAGAGGGUGAAUGGGCAAGACAAAAUAUUUAAGUGCCUUUGGAGCGGGUAUGGUAGUAGGUGCCAGGCGCACUGGGUUGAGUGUGUCAAGAACUGUAAUGCUGCUCUGUUUUUCACGCUCAAGUUUCCCAUGUGUAUCAUGAAUGGUUUCACCACCCAAAGGACAUCCAGCCAUCUUGACACAACUGUAGGAAACAUUAGUCAACAUGGGCCAGCAUCCCUGUGGAACGCUUUCGACACAUUGUUAAGUGCAUGCCCCAACGAAUUGAGGCUGUUCUGAGGGCAAAAAGGCCUGCAACUCAAUAUUGGGAAGGUGUUCCUAAUGCUUUGUACACUCAGUGUAUGUAAAACUGUCCGAGUGUGAAACCUGGCUGGGUGUGAAAGUGUCUGGUCUUUGACAGAGAGAAAAGACAGUUGUAGAUGCAUUUCAACUCUCUCUCAUCCACCACAACAGUGGUUUCUUUUUUGCCGUGGUGGCAACAAUUAAGCGGCACAAUACUGUCUUAAGACCUUAAAGGGAUACUUUGGGAUUUUGUCAAUGAGGCCCUUUAUCUACUUCCCCAGAGUCAGAUGAACUUGUGGAUACCAUUUUUACACUACAUGUUGCGUUGAUAUAUUUUUGUCCAAUAUAAAUACAUGUUUUUUUGCGUCCAAAGAUGUCCAAAUACAGUGGGGGAAAAAAGUAUUUAGUCAGCCACCAAUUGCGCAAGUUCUCCCACUUAAAAAUAUGAGAGAGGCCUGUAAUUUUCAUCAUAGGUACACGUCAACUAUGACAGACAAAUUGAGAGAAAAAAAUCCAGAAAAUCACAUUGUAGGAUUUUUAAUGAAUUUAUUUGCAAAUUAUGGUGGAAAAUAAGUAUUUGGUCACCUACAAACAAGCAAGAUUUCUGGCUCUCACAGACCUGUAACUUCUUCUUUAAGAGGCUCCUCUGUCCUCCACUCAUUACCUGUAUUAAUGGCACCUGUUUGAACUUGUUAUCAGUAUAAAAGACACCUGUCCACAACCUCAGUCAGUCACACUCCAAACUCCACUAUGGCCAAGACCAAAGAGCUGUCAAAGGACACCAGAAACAAAAUUGUAGACCUGCACCAGGCUGGGAACACUGAAUCUGCAAUAGGUAAGCAGCUUGGUUUGAAGAAAUCAACUGUGGGAGCAAUUAUUAGGAAAUGGAAGACAUACAAGACCACUGAUAAUCUCCCUCGAUCUGGGGCUCCACGCAAGAUCUCACCCCGUGGGGUCAAAAUGAUCACAAGAACGGUGAGCAAAAAUCCCAGAACCACACGGGGGGACCUAGUGAAUGACCUGCAGAGAGCUGGGACCAAAGUAACAAAGCAUACGCCGCCAGGGACUCAAAUCCUGCAGUGCGAGACGUGUUCCCCUGCUUAAGCCAGUACAUGUCCAGGCCCGUCUGAAGUUUGCUAGAGUGCAUUUGGAUGAUCCAGAAGAGGAUUGGGAGAAUGUCAUAUGGUCAGAUGAAACCAAAAUAAAACUUUUUGGUAAAAACUCAACUCGUCGUGUUUGGAGGACAAAGAAUGCUGAGUUGCAUCCAAAGAACACCAUACCUACUGUGAAGCAUGGGGGUGGAAACAUCAUGCUUUGGGGCUGUUUUUCUGCAAAGGGACCAGGACGACUGAUCCGUGUAAAGGAAAGAAUGAAUGGGGCCAUGUAUCGUGAGAUUUUGAGUGAAAACCUCCUUCCAUCAGCAAGGGCAUUGAAGAUGAAACAUGGCUGGGUCUUUCAGCAUGACAAUGAUCCCAAACACACCGCCCGGGCAACGAAGGAGUGGCUUCGUAAGAAGCAUUUCAAGGUCCUGGAGUGGCCUAGCCAGUCUCCAGAUCUCAACCCCAUAGAAAAUCUUUGGAGGGAGUUGAAAGUCUGUGUUGCCCAGCGACAGCCCCAAAACAUCACUGCUCUAGAGAAGAUCUGCAUGGAGGAAUGGGCCAAAAUACCAGCAACAGUGUAUGAAAACCUUGUGAAGACUUACAGAAAACGUUUGACCUGUGUCAUUGCCAACAAAGGGUAUAUAACAAAGUAUUGAGAAACUUUUGUUAUUGACCAAAUACUUAUUUUCCACCAUACUUUGCAAAUAAAUUCAUUAAAAAUCCUACAAUGUGAUUUUCUGGAAAAAAAAUUCUCAUUUUGUCUGUCAUAGUUGACGUGUACCUAUGAUGAAAAUUACAGGCCUCUCAUCUUUUUAAGUGGGAGAACUUGCACAAUUGGUGGCUGACUAAAUACUUUUUUCCCCCACUGUACUUGUAUUACAUGUGUAUCAGUAUUUUAAACCCUCACUUUUAGAUGUGUUAUGAAGAUGAAACCAACAACAUCCUGUUAGAGCGAAUUCACGUCUUAGCAAAUCUUACAUUUCCUUGUAUUAAACCGCCCCUAUUGAGGUUACUCUCUAAUAGAUGGGUGGACUAAAUAAGUUAACUAUGAGGAUCUUCUCUGUCCUCAAUUGUACCUUUAGACAAUUGGAGGAAAUUAUACUUAGAUAAGGUGUAAGCAAGAAGUGGGCACAUUUGGCACAGCAACCCAAGCUAACUGAAAGAAUGUAUGUUCUAUUUAGAUUGCUGUGAAAGCACUGCACUGUUUUCACAUUUUUGGGCAACUAGUCCCCUGGAGUGGUGUGGGUUCUCUCACAUUCGACUAGAUUACAUGCUGCCCUCUUAAAAUACCCCCCCCCCCCCCCCCAGACAAAGGGUUGUUUGUGAGAGCGCACAAAAAGUGUUGAAAAGCCAAAUCCCUCAUGGAGGGCAUCCUCAGGAAUGCCAAGAAACAUUACACACACACACACACACACCCCAAUGUGCUAUCAGGUUCUAAACAAAAACUAGCUCUCAAUGCUAUACAUUCCAUCCUAACAGCCAGUAACUAUGCAUCACAGUGUGUACAUGGCAGCUUUUACUACCAAUACACUCUUGUAAGAGUGACGUGUGUGUGUGUUUUGGAGCUGUAAUUAAGCACGCCGACCAGAAGACAUACCUGUUCCCCAGUGCAUGUCGUUUCAGGGCAGGACGGAGGGCUUGCUCCCCUCAUCUCAUCAACUAGGGCACAACAACCUACCCAUGACUCUGCCCAGUGCUGCUACCAGCUUCAAUGGUGUAUCUAUGUCCUCUUCUCCCUGUCCACCACACACCUUAGCUUAGCUCUCAGCUCCGUCGCACGGUUAGUUUUAUCGCUGCUCUUCUCUCACUGUGUGGUUGGCCCAAUCACGGUGUGACUGCUUCUAUGGAUCCCGUUUGUCCUUCUCUGCCAUGUUUUUCAAUGCAUCUUGCUGCGAACGCACCCACACGCGCAGAGGGAUCCCUCCCUUGGUUUUAAAUAUUACUCUUUGUCAAAUUCACUUGAGCACACUGGCUCUUGGUGCCUGUGUGUGUGUGUAGAGCACCAGAGCUGCAUUCUCUCCAUCCACGGUGCUCUCUCUCAGCCUCGCUUAUCUCAUAUCUGCCCCCACACGCUUCCUCUCCCUCGCUCCCGAUCUCUCUUGCUCUGCUAUCGCUCUUUCGCAUCUGCUCCAGUAGGAAGAGGCUGGUGGGGGCUACUGAGGGGGGCAGGGCUGUUUCCUCUGUAUGGUCUGAUGGAUAGCUGCAGGCUUGGUGACUGUACGCUAGUGUUGUCACGAUACCAGUAUCGCGAUACUACAAUACCAGAUUUGAGUGUUGCACGGUAUACCGGUACCACUGUAAUAUCAAGGUACCAAAAAUGUCAUGAUAGUUAUGAUACCAACAUUUUAGAAUACCGUAGUACCGUGUCUUAUGAUGCUACCGACCUUUUCAGCCCUACCGAUCUAAAGUAUCUGCUGGCGCCUGUUUAUAAACUGUUUAUAAAGUCAGUUUUGUUUGUAAAUUCAGUUGAAUUUAAGCAACAGCCACUAGUCUCUUGUAUGCGCGGGUCCAAUAAUAUCCACUUCACUUUCAUGCAGCUGUAAUCAGCCAGCUGCAUCCCCUACCAUCCUUCACUCACCUGCUUCUCUGUCUGCUCUUCACGUGCGUCUAUUCCUCUGUCAGUUAAAAAAUAUAUAUAAUUUAGCUGUGAUGGCAAGCGGGGAUGCAGACCCUGAUGAGGCUUCUGUUAGAUUUGUACAUUUGUUACAUUGGAGCAGCGCGCAACGCGAGCAAUAUUGAUACAUUGUAUCAUUUCAUCGCCUGUUAUAACCAAGAGUACAGACCAGUCUGAGUAGACUUUGCAAGUUCACUGUCAUGUAGCCGCUGAGUGUCAGCGAGUGAACAUGGAGCACCGCUUCCUGACUGGAAUGCUUGCAGCUUUACAGCAAAGAAAAUGUCUUGUCUGUAGUCUAAACGGUUCAAUAUGACCCAUAUUACCAGAGGUCUUGUCUCUAGUCUAAACGGUUAAAAUAUGACCCAUAUUACCAGAGGUCUUGUCUCUAGUCUAAAUGGUUAAAAUAUGACCCAUAUUACCAGAGGUCUUGUCUUUAGUCUAAACGGUUAAAAUAUGACCCAUAUUACCAGAGAUGCCUUUUUUUUUUUCUAUCGGGAUUUGUGCACAUUUUAUAUCAUUUCACAAACCAUGUCACGGGCUGUUUUAAACUAAUCACGGGUCGUUAAUUAUUACCUAGCUAGCUAACAACCUGGUAACUUGACAGUAGGUUUAGGCAAAUUUGAUUGGCACAGGAAGAAAGGAAAAGGGUCUGCUACUCAUGAGAAAAAAGGUAUGAUUCAUAGAGGCCUAAUGUAAGCCUAAACUAUAUAAAACAUACAUUACUGGUGGUCUUUAAAUUCUGUUUGGUGCCUAACAUUUUAAAAGUUGGGAGCAGUGUGUGUUUGUGGGAGAGAGUGGUGUGUGUGUGUUUUAUGAGAGUGAGGGAUACGGAGCGUGUGUGUAAGGAAGGGAGGGAGAGUGUCUGUGUUAACUGAAGAGUAAAGAAGGUUUCAUGCAGUGUUUUCCCCUUACUGACACAAUGACAUGCAGAUCAUUAUGCAUGUAUAUCACAGGAGGUUGGUGGUACCUUAAUUGGGGAGGAUGGGCUUGUUGUGAUGGCUGGUGCGGAAUGGUAUCAAACACAUGGUUUCUAUGUGUUUGAUGCCAUUCCAUUUGCGCCGCUCCAGCCAUAAUUAUGAGCCGUCCUCCCUUCAGCAGCCUCCACUGAUGUAUUUUCAUUCCUCCAGCCAAAUCACAAGUAGGCCUUUGAAAAUAUGAGCAAAUCAGCCAUUCUAUGCAGUAUUCUAUUAUGCACUGAACAGUGUGACGUUAAAUUCAAUGUGUUGUAUUGAGUAGAAGUGUGAAUUUCAGUGACAGGUUUUUUGGAGAACAUUUAAAAAACAUGAACAAGCGUGCGAGGGACUGAGCGAACAGGAUGCUAGGCCACAGAUUUUUUUUUCCCACGUGGUAUCGCGAUACUCAUCGGUAUUGUGUUACUUGGCCUGGUAUCGUAUAGUUUGUAAAAUGUUGGUAUCGUAACAAGCCUACUAGAUUUUCCUUGGCAAAAAAGAAAACACGAAGCAGACUAAACUCUAUGGUCCUUUAAAACCUACUUUAUGUAAAAUAUUGUGUGCUAUAGCUUGCAAAAUAAACAUUGGGCGACAACAUAAGGCUGUUUUUCCAACAUUACGAGUGUUUUCCUCAAGAAAUUUAGUCUGCUUCAUGUUUUGUUACAUUUGCUUCCUUACUUCCUAGAAUCGCGAUCCUGGUAUCGUGGCAACACUACUACUCUACCCACCACCACAUCACACACACCACCCGGGCUCUAAAGGAGUGGGAGGGCUGCUGACCUAUUUGUAUUCAUUCCCACACCUCAGAUGGAGGAAGAAAGGAUUUAUCUGAUUCUGGGAGGGAGGGGAGGGGAGGGCUGGGCUGGGCUUCAGUGCUUCAGGGCAUGUAGUCAGUCUCGGGAGAUGAUCUCCAAACCUUAAAGGAAAGGUUCACCCAUUUAGAAUAUUAUUGCUUUUUGUUCAUGUUCUAUCGAUUUCCCUGGGUCAUUUCAUGUUUUCAUGUGUGUCGGAGUUCAUAGGAAUACAACUUUUAGAUCGCGGAAACAUCUAUCAUAAGAUUUCAAUACUGGCCGAUGUCAUAACUCGGGAGGAUGUUCUUUCAAAUGAGCCAUUGAUCAUAUCUUUGCUAUAUUCCUACCUCGAAAAAUGUGUAAUUUAACGGAAGGUCUAAGACAUUUUUCGAAUUUGUCUUUAGUCCAGGGUGCAUUGCAUGGUGCCGUUGCCAGAGAUAUUAUAGAAAGGAGAUAGGAAUCCAAUGAAUGAAGGAACGUAUAACGCCCCACCCAGCAGACUGUCGACCAAUCACAUUCACGUUGUCAUGCUGCGUCACGCAGUUGCUAAGCUAAACGUCACGCAAUCCCUUCUGUUAGUGUAUAUGUCAAGAAAAUCGCCUAUUUUCCUCAAGUACGUAAUAUCACGAUUCCAAAGCUAUACGAUAUUACAGAUAGCAAGUUAAUUAUCUCUGAAAAUAUUUCUAAUGUCAUACUUCUAGUUGACAAAAUUCGUGCUAAUCUUGUUUUUGCGCUGGCGCCCAAUAGACCCAUUCACUCCUUGAAGGAGAGCAUUCCUUGUCCCAGAAUCGCCCAGAAUGCACCACGCGGCCCAUUGAUGUAGCUUGGGCAACAUUUCCCAUCUCCUCAAAAGUAUAUCUGCCAUUGCGAAUGUUAGACCCGACUCUGUGAGGUUAAACAUGGUGAGAUUGUAGACUCCUAAAUUGAUAGUGCCGUUUGUUUACACGAUUUUACAGCUAACUUGCAACUUUGCAUUCUGAUAUUGUCUUUGGUAUUAUUGUGUGUAGCUACGUUUGCUAAUUAGCUACCUAGCCAGCCAGCCCAUAGAGAGAGCAUUGCAUUGGGAUUUUGUAGUCAACUUGAGCUGCAACAGUUUUCACAACGAUUUUCCAUGUUGCUAUUAUAACGCCAAAAUCAAACAUUUGUUCACCCAAAUUUUUUUUUCUAACAUAUUAGUGUUUAACUCUGUAAAUUAAAGGAAUGAGUGGUUUUGGGUGAAUUUUUUCCUUUAAGCUCGAUGCCUUUGUUCCCUUUAAUGGAUUGGCAGUUAAAUGUAGCAUGUUCUCGCUGGAGCACAAAAUGCUCUUUCGCCCUGCCACCCUUGCCCCAAUUGUUAAUUCUCUUCUUUUUAUGUGCAAGAGGGACGUGAGAAACUUAGUGGGCUGGAAUAGGGUGGUAACUGGUGUUUUGAGGCUAAAAUGCCACAUGUUUCCCCCUGUGAAAGCGUGGUUGCGUGACUUAAGAGACAGCCCAUGUGUGAGGCUGUCUGAUUUAUUCUAGGGAUUUGCCGUUGGAAUUAGGACACAGCCUGAAUGUUGUUAGGGACUGAGGGAGACCCUUAAGUUUAAAGCUGGUUUAUGACCCACUGACAUGAAAGGGCGCCAAUGCAGCUACGUGGUCCCUAGGGAGGUCGUUCGGAUCAGGGCAUAAAAUGAACACCCGCCAAAUGCGGGUCAAUUUAGGUAUUGGCGGGUAAGAAUGUCUAUUUCACCAGCCACGUUGGGGGUGGUCAAUUUGCAAGGCUGUACAGUGCAAGCAUUACAUUCUCAAUAAAAAUUGUCAAAAGUCAAGUAUGAGCAUGUGCGAGUUAGGGUUAGAAAAAUGCUGCAGUAUCCCUUUACAAAGUACACUACAUGACCAAAAGUAUGUGGACACAUGCUCGUCGAACAUCUCAUUCCAAAAUCAUGGGCAUUAAUAUGGAGUUGGUCCCCCCUUUGCUGCUAUAACAGCCUCCACUCUUCUGGGAAGGCUUUCCACUAGAUGUUGGAACAUUGCUGCAGGGACUUGCUUCCAUUCAGCCACGAGCAUUAGUGAGGUCGGGCACUGAUGUUGGGCGAUUAGGCCUGGCUCGCAGUCGGUGUUCCAAUUCAUCCCAAAGGUGUUCGAUGGAGUUGAGGUCAGGGGUCUGUGCAGGCCAGUCAAGGUCUUCCACACCGAUCUUGACAAACCAUUUCUGUAUGGACCUCGCUUUGUGCACGGGGACAUUGUCAUGCUCCUCCACCAAACUUUACAAUUGGCACUAUGCAUUCGGGCAGGUAGUGUUCUCCUGGCAUCCGCCAAACCCAGAUUCGUCCAUUGGACUGCCAGAUGGUGAAGCGUGAUUCAUCACUCCAGAGAACGCGUUUCCACUGCUCCAGAGUCCAAUGGCGGCGAACUUUACACCACGCCAGCCGAUGCUUGGCAUUGCUUAUGGUGAUCUUAGGCUUGUGUGCCGCUGCUCGGCCUUGGAAAACUAUUUCAUGAAGCUCCCGGCGAACAGUUCUUGUGCUGACAUUGGUUCCAGAGGCAGUUUGAAAACUCUGUAGUGAGUGUUGCAACGGCGGCGGUCCCGUUCUGUGAGCUUGUGUGGCCUAUGACUUCGCGGCUGACCCGUUGUUGCUCGUAGACGUUUCCACUUCACAAUAACAGCACUUACAGUUGACCGGGGCAGCUCUAGCAGGACAGAAAUUUGACAAACUGACUUGUUGGAAAGGUGGCAUCCACGUUGGUGGCAUCCUAUGGAGAUUUCAUGGCUGUGUGCUCGAUUUUAUACACCUGUCAGCAAUGGGUGUGGCUAAAAUAGCCGAAUCCACUAAUUUAUAGGGUGUCCACAUACUUUUGUAUACAGUACCAGUCAAAAGUUUGGACACACAUACUCAUUCAAGGGUCUUUCUUUAUUUUUACUAUUUUCUACAUUGUAGAAUAAUAGUGAAGACAUCAAAACUAUGAAAUAACACAUGGAAUCAUGUAGUAACCAAAAAAGUGUUUUAGGUUCUUCAAAGUAGCCACCCUUUGCCUUGAUGACAGCUUUGCACACUCUUGGCAUUAUGUCAACCAGCUUCACAUGGAAUGCUUUUCCAACAGUCUUGAAUGAGUUCCCACAUAUGCUGAGCACUUGUUGGCUGCUUUUCCUUAACUCUGCAGUCCAACUCAUCCCAAACCAUCUCAAUUGGGUUGAGGUCGGGUGAUUGUGGAGGCCAGGUCAUCUGACACAGCACUCCAUCACUCUCCUUCUUGGUCAAAUAGCCCUUACACAGCCUGGAGGUGUGUUGGGUCAUUGUCCUGUUGAAAAACAAAUGAUAGUCCCAUUAAGCCCAAACCAGAUGGGAUUGUGUAUUGCUGCAGAAUUCUGUGGUAGCCAUGCUGGUUAAGUGUGCCUUGAAUUCUAAAUAAAUCACUGACAGUGUCACCAGCAAAGCACCAUCAAACAACCUCCUCCAUGCUUCAUGGUGGGAACCACCCAUGCGGAGAUCAUCCGUUCACCUACUCUGCGUCUCACAAAGACACGGCGGUUGGAACCAAAAAUCUCAAAUUUGGACUCAUCGGACCAAAGGACAUAUUUCCACUGGUCUAAUAUCCAUUGCUCAUGUUUCUUGGCCCAAGCAAGUCUCUUCUUCUUAUUGGUGUCCUUUAGUAGUGGUUUCUUUGCAGCAAUUUGACCAUGAAGGCCUGAUUCACGCAGUCUCCUCUGAACAGUUGAUGUUGAGAUGUCUGUUACUUGAACUCUGAAGCAUUUAUUUGGGCUGCAAUUUCUGAGGCUGUUAACUCUAGUUAACUUAUCCUCUGCAGCAGAGGUAACUCUGGGUCUUCCUUUCCUGUGGCGGUCCUCAUGAGAGACAGUUUCAUCAUACCGCUUGAUGGUUUUUGCAACUGCACUUGAAGAAACGUUCAAAGUUCUUGAAAUUUUCCGGAUUGACUGACCUUCAUGUCUUAAAGUAAUGAUGGACUGCCGUUUCUGUUUGCUUAUUUAAGCUGUUCUUUCCAUAAUAUGGACUUAGCCCUAUUUGGUAAAAGACCAUCUUCUGUAUACCACCCCUACCUUGUCACAACACAACUGAUUUGCUCAAAUGCAUUAAGAAGGAAAGAAAUUCCACAAAUUAACUUUUAACAAGGCACACCUGUUAAUUGAAAUACAUUCCGGUGACUACCUCAUGAAGCUGGUUGAGAGAAUGCCAAGAGUGUGCAAAGCUGUCAAGGCAAAGGCUGGCUACUUUGAAGAAUUUUGUUUAACACUUUUUUGGUUACUACAUGAUUCCAAAUGUGUUAUUUCAUAGUUUUGUCUACACUAUUAUUCUACAAAAACCCUUGAAUGAGUAGGUGUUCAAACCUUUGACUGGUACUGUAUAUAGUGUAUUUCUGCUGUUUUUGUUUUAUAGCUGCUAAUUGCACAAAGCAAUAUGAAUCCUAUAUCCCACCAUGUGCAGCAACACUGCCUGGUAGGGGAGCUGUGUGCAAUGAGUGAAGUGCUGAUAGAUUCAUUUUUGGUGGCGCUGCGUAUAGGCAUAACAGUUGGUCUAAUUUACACAAAAGUCUACAAAGUGAGACUUUGUCCUCGUGUUUCUUCAUUGUUUUGUUCACAAGCUUGCUUGUUUUUCAACGUUAGUUUGACUCUGCUGCUUCAACUGAUAGCGAAGAGACAGCUUAGUAAUAUCCCAAAUGUCACAUGCGCACACAGACACAGGUGACAGGACUGAGUGGCCACGUUACCAUGGUAACCGCCCACCCUUAAAGGGGCAGCUGAUUAAAAAAAAAACUCUGGUCACAAAAAAAAUGUAUGUACUUGAGCAAUAUACCACUACUUCUUACGAAUAUAUUUUUUGUUUUAGAAACAUUACAAAGCAUGGUCAUCUGUUUUUUCUGUGUGUGUUAUGUAAUUAUGACAAAAUAUUUUGGCUGGUAAAAAAUCUGAGCGGCUGGUAGAUUUUGUUAUCUACUUGCCACAGUGGCUGGUGGACCAAAAAGUUAAUUUUAGGUCCUUGUUCAGAUCAUUACAAUUUUUUUAAUGUACUUUAGAAAAAUAAACUAUCCCUUUACAGCUAUCACAUAGACCUUGUAGAGAGCAUGGCUCUUCUGUGGCAUGUUGUGCAGGCCUAUGACUGGCAUUCCAGUCAGGCUAGUGUUGAGCUGUAGUUAAGCAGCUUGACUUCCACAUAGACUAUCCCAGCAAAGCUGCUGAUUCACUAAUCUGUCUGCGAGGCCAGUAGAUCAUGAACAGGAAAGACAAGACAGUGGGAAAGAGACUAGAUGACAGGGAGAUUAAGGGACGAGCUCUAGAGGGAUAGACCGACAACAAUUUUAGGGAGCAGAGGCCCCAUACAUUGAGGUUUACUUUCUUUUUGACUGGACUGGAGGACUAUUGGCCUAGUAUUGACUGAUUUUGAGAGUCUAGGGGCAACUUCCUCACAUUCCUAAAUAAUGUGUAUGCCGUUGAGGUUCUGGAAAUUGUUCCCUCAAAUGUUUUUCGGCACUGAGCAAAUGUCAGGUCUGCUGAGCGCAAACUUGAACGUUGUGAAAAUUCUGUGCAACUUCCAGCAAGUGUUUACUGUGAACACUGAGGCUGUACCCGCUUUAAGUUACAGUUUCAGACAGUGGUCAAAUAGGCUACUGUGGAUGAUCAUAAUGUAGGCCUACCAGAGUGGCCUACCAUCAAAAACAAAAUGCAUCCCAUAACAUUUUAACAUGGAAAUGGCUGUUCUAUCGUUCAGCCUACAAUAGCAGCCAAUGUGUGAUGUUCAAUGUAGGCCUACAUUCCAUGAGACUUUUGAAAAAAACAUGCAGGGCUUGACGUUAACCUGUUUAUACGCUUGACCUUCAGACAAGAAGGUAACUGAAAAUGUUGUUUGAUGCAAUAAACCAAAUAAAUUGAUUAUUAUUCCCAUACCAUUAUUACAGAGAAUCAGACUAUUUAUGCUACCCUCUGCCUAUUGGCUACUUAGGUUAGUCAAGCUUGUCUCAAAAUACAACACUAAGACAAACCUAACUCGCUUAUCAAAGAUGUCUAGAAAUGUACACGUUUUGUGCUCUUGUAAGAAGCUGACUACAAAUGUAUGUAUAACUGGGCUAAUAACUCAAUAACUAGCAAAGGCUAUGAACAAAUGUGCACACGUGGCUACAUGCAGCUCUUGCUUUGAUCUCAAAACAAGCACAUCUACUCACGAUCCUCAUGCUGUAACCGCUCAUGCUGUAAACAGAGUCCAGUUCAAAGUGAAUGGCACUGAUCCAUUAUGGCAAUGGUCUAUUUGCAUAUAGGUCUACUGGAGGUUGCCGCACCGGUCUGUGUAGAGUACAGGCUGAGUCCUGCAUGUCAAUGCAAUAGAAUCAGACUCCGAUGCGUUUUGCCUACAACAAAAUCUCUUGCAUAGUUAGUUUUGUAAACUAAGUCUUGCAUAGUUUGUUUUGUUUCGGGAUGUUGCAUUGAAAGAUGCUAAUAUUGCGUUGAUUCAAUCACAAUUCCCAUAGUAAAGCGAAGCAUUGAUCAUGUUAACUAAGUGGGAAAACUCUAGAAUGUUGUUCAAUCUCGUGCUUCUCUGCGAGGGAACAUUGGUUCUGGGUUAGUGAUACAAUCACUGGUUUGAGUCCCAGGCUCUGGCCGGAUCGACAGUAUUGAAAGCUCUGACAGUAUCGACACUUAGAAACGACUCCCUGUAGAUGUUUCUACAGCUCUUCUUUGAAGCUGAGCUCUGGGACUGUCAUUGGAUUAUGAAUUACCACUAGACCUUAGAGGGUGUGACCCUCAAUACACCCCCAUCAGACUAGACAGACAGACAGACGCGUGCACACACAUACACAAAUACACACAACUUCCAGUGGGAAUCAACCUGAGGGAGCAACAGUCAUCAUACACAACAGUGAGGCUCUUGAUAUGGACAAAAUAUAUACAGUGCAUUCGGAAAGUAUUCAGACCCCUUCCCCUUUUCAAAAUGUUGUUACAUUAGUCUUAUUCUAAAGUGUAUUAAAUAAAUACAAAAAUCCUCAUCAGUCUACACACAAUACCCCAUACUGACAAAGUAAAAAGCGUUUUUUUGAAAUUGUAGCAUUUAAAAAAAUAAACAUACCUUGUUUACAUACAGUACCAGUCAAAGGUUUGGACACACCUACUCAUUUAAGGGUUUUUCUUUAUUUUUACUAUUUUCUACUUUAUAUUUGAGAUUCUUCAAAGUAGCCACUCUUUGCCUUGAUGACAGCUUUGCAUACCCUUACACAGCCUGGAGGGGAUGGCUGUUGUUUAAAGGGCUCUUAACCAACCGUGCUAAUUUGUUUUGCUAUUUCGCAUUGUUUAACUUAUUUUGUACAUAAUGUUGCUGCUACCGUCUCUUAUGACCAAAAAGAGCUUCUGGGCAUCAAAACAGCGAUUACUCACCUUGAACUGGAUGAAGAGUUUUUCUUUAAUGAGUCGGACGAGAGGGAUUUGCUCCAGACACCUGACAGGGCCCUCAUCCCCGUCAUUCGCAGUAGAAAGAGAUGGAGAUAUCGCAGAAGGAGAUCGGGGUGCCUGGUAAGGAGCCGGCGACGAGUGGAUAAUCUGCCUUUGCCAUCGGUACUAUUGGCCAACGUACAAUCGCUUGAUAAUAAAGUGGACUUAACUACAAGAACGUAUAUCCUACCAACGGGACAUUAAAAACUGUAAUAUCUUCUGUUUCACCGAGUCGUGGCUGAACGACGACAUGAAUAACAUACAGCUUGAGGGUUAUACACUGUAUCGACAGGAUAGAACAGCAGCCUCUGGUAAGACCAGGGGUGGCGCUCUAUGUAUAUUUGUAAACAACAGCUGGUGCAUGAUAUCUAAGGAAGUCUCAAGGUUUUGCUCGCCUGAGGUAGUGUGGUCUACAGCUUAUCAUGAGAUACUCUAUCUACCAAGAGAGUUUUCAUCUAUAUUCUUCGUAGCUGUCUAUUUACCACCACAAACCGAUGCUGGCACUAAGACCGCACUCAAUGAGCUGUAUACGGCCAUAAGCAAACAGGAAAACGCUCAUCCAGAGGCGGCGCUCCUAGUGGCCGGGGACUUUAAUGCAGGGAAACUUAAAUCUGUUUUACCUCAUUUCUACCAGCAUGUUAAAUGUGCAACCAGAGGGGAAAAAACUCUAGACCACCUUUACUCCACACACAGACACGUACAAAGCUCUCCCUCGCCCUCCAUUUGGCAAAUCUGACCAUUAUUCUAGACUCUAGAUUCUAAAAAAGUGGUCAGAUGAAGCAGAUGCUAAGCUACAGGACUGAUUUGCUAGCACAGACUGGAAUAUGUUCCGGGAUUCUUCCGAUGGCAUUGAGGAGUACACCACAUCAGUCACUGGCUUCAUCAAUAAGUGUAUCGAUGACGUCGUCCCCACAGUGACUGUACGUACAUACCCCAACCAGAAGCCAUGGAUUACAGGCAACAUCUGCACUGAGCUAAAGGGUAGAGCUGCUGCUUUCAAGGAGCGGGACUCUUAUAAGAAAUCCUGCUAUGCCCUCCGACAAACCAUCAAACAGGCAAAGCGUCAAUCCAGAUUGAAUCGUGCUCGUCGGAUGUGGCAGGGCUUGCAAACUAUUAGACUACAAAGGGAAGCACAGCCGCGAGCUGCCUAGUGACACGAGCCUACCAGACGAGCUAAAUUACUUACAGUGGGGAGAACAAGUAUUUGAUACACUGCCGAUUUUGCAGGUUUUCCUACUUUAAAAGCAUGUAGAGGUCUGUAAUUUUUAUCAUAGGUACACUUCAACUGUGAGAGACAGAAUCUAAAACAAAAAUCCAGAAAAUCACAUUGUAUGAUUUUUAAGUAAUUGAUUUGCAUUUUAUUGCAUGACAUAAGUAUUUGAUCACCUACCAACCAGUAAGAAUUCUGGGAUGGGCUACAGGACAAUAGGCAAGCAGCUUGGUGAGAAGGCAACAACUGUUGGCGCAAUUAUUAGAAAAUGGAAGAAGUUCAAGAUGACGGUCAAUCAGCCUCGGUCUGGGGCUCCAUGCAAGAUCUCACCUCGUGGGGCAUCAAUGAUCAUGAGAAAGGUGAGGGAUCAGCCCAGAACUACACGGCAGGACCUGGUCAAUGACCUGAAGAGAGCUGGGACCACAGUCUCAAAGAAAACCAUUAGUAACACACUACGCCGUCAUGGAUUAAAAUCCUGCAGCGCACGCAAGGUCCCCCUGCUCAAGCUAGCGCAUGUCCAGGCCCGUCUGAAGUUUGCCAAUGACCAUCUGGAUGAUCCAGAGGCGGAAUGGGAGAAGGUCAUGUGGUCUGAUGAGACAAAAAUAGAGCAGGGAUGUAGCUCAGUUAGUAGAGCAUGGCGUUUGCAACGCCAGGGUUGUGGGUUCGAUUCCCACGGGGGGGCAGUAUGAAAAAUAAAAAAUAAAUAAUGUAUGCACUCACUAACUGUAAGUCGCUCUGGAUAAGAGCGUUUGCUAAAUGACUUAAAUGAAAAAAAUUAAUAAACUCCACUCGUCGUGUUUGGAGGAAGAAGGAUGAGUACAACCCCAAGAACACCAUCCCAACUGUGAAGCAUGGAGGUGGAAACAUCAUUCUUUGGGGAUGCUUUUCUGCAAAGGGGACAGGACGACUGCACCGUAUUGAGGGGAGGAUGGAUGGGGCCAUGUAUCGCAAGAUCUUGGCCAACAACUUCCUUCCCUCAGUAAGAGCAUUGAAGAUGGGUCGUGGCUGGGUCUUCCAGCAUGACAACGACCCGAAACACACAGCCAGGGCAACUAAGGAGUGGCUCCGUAAGAACCAUCUCAAGGUCCUGGAGUGGCCUAGCCAGUCUCCAGACCUGAACCCAAUAGAAAAUCUUUGGAGGGAGCUGAAAGUCUGUAUUGCCCAGCGACAGCCCCGAAACCUGAAGGAUCUGGAGAAGGUCUGUAUGGAGGAGUGGGCCAAAAUCCCUGCUGCAGUGUGUGCAAACCUGGUCAAGACCUACAGGAAACGUAUGAUCUCUGUAAUUGCAAACAAAGGUUUCUGUACCAAAUAUUAAGUUCUGCUUUUCUGAUGUAUCAAAUACUUAUGUCAUGCAAUAAAAUGCAAAUUAAUUACUUAAAAAUCAUGCAAUGUGAUUUUCUGGAUUUUUGUUUUAGAUUCCGUCUCUCACGGUUGAAGUGUACCUAUGAUAAAAAUUACAGACCUCUACAUGCUUUGUAAGUAGGAAAACAUGCAAAAUCUGCAGUGUAUCAAAUACUUGUUCUCCCCACUGUACAUAUUACCUCGACUCGCUACAAACUUCUGUGGUAGCCAUGCUGAUUAAGUGUGCUUUGAAUUCUAAAUAAAUCGCAGACAGUGUCACGAGCAAAGCACCAUCACACCAUCUCCUCCAUGCUUCACGGUGGGAACCACACAUGCGGAGAUCAUCCGUUCACCUACUCUGCGUCUCACAAAGACAUGGCGGUUGGAACCAAAAAAUCUCACAUUUGGACUCAUCAGACCAAAGGACAGAUUUCCACCAGUCUAAUGUCCAUUGCUCGUGUUUCUUUGCCCAAGCAAGUCUCUUCUUCUUAUUGGUGUCCUUUAGUAGUUGUUUCUUUGCAGCAAUUCGACCAUGGGCUCCCGAGUGGCGCAGUGGUCUAAGGCACUGCAUCUCAGUGCUUGAGGCAUCACUACAGACCCCCUGGUUCGAUUCCAGGCUGUAUCACAACCGGCCGUGAUUGGGAGUCCCAUAGGGUGGCGCAUAAUUGGCCCAGCUUCGUCCGGGUUUGGCCGGUGUAGGCCGCCAUUGUAAAUAAGAAUUUGUUCUUAACUGACUUGCCUAGUUAAAUAAAGAUAAAAUAGUAAUAAUCAAGAAAAACCCUGGAAUGAGUAGGUGUGUCCAAACUUUUGACUGGUACUGUAAGUAUUCAGACCCUUUGCUAUGAGACUCGAAAUUGUGCUCAGGUGCCUCCUGUUUCCAUUCAUCAUCCUUGAUGUUUCUACAACUUGAUUGGAGUCCACCUAUGGUAAAUUAAAUUGAUUGAACAUGAUUUGGAAAGGCGCACACACCUGUCUAUAUAAGGUCCCACAGUUGACAGUGAAUGUCAGCGCAGAAACCAAGCCAUGAGGUCAAAUGAAUUGUCCUUAGAGCUCCAAAACAGGAUUGUGUCGAGGCACAGAUCUGGGGAAGGGGAACAAAACAUUUCUGCAGCAUUGAAGGUCUCCAAGAACACAGUGGCCUCCAUCAUUCUUAAAUGGAAGAAGUUUGGAACCACAAAGACUCUUCCUAGAGCUGGCCACCAGGCCAAACUGAGCAAUCGGGAGAGAAGGGCCUUGGUCAGGGAGGUGACCAAGAACCCAAUGGUCACUCUGACAGAGCUCCAGAGAUCCUCUGUGGAGAUGGGGAAACCUUCCAGAAGGACAACCAUCUCUGCAGCACUCCACCAAUCAGGCCUUUAUGGUAGACUGGCUAGAUGGAAGCCAUUACUCAAUAAAAGGCACAUGAUAGCCCGCUUGGAGUUUGCGAAAAUGCACCUAAAGGACUCUCAGACCAUGAGAAACAAGAUUAUCUGGUCUGAUGAAAUCAAUAUUUUACUCUUUGGCCUGAAUGCCAAGCGUCACAUCUGGAGGAAACCUGGCACUGGGGCAAAGGUUCACCUUCCAACAGGACAACGACCCUAAGCACACAGCCAAGACAAUGCAGGAGUGGCUUUGGGACAAGUCUCUGAAUGUCCUUGAGUGGCCCAGCCAGAGCCCGGACUUGAACCCGAUCAAACAUCUCUGGAGAGAACUGAAAAUAGCUGUGCAGCGAUGCUCCCCAUCCAACCUGACAGAGCUUGAGAGGAUCUGCAGACAAGAAUGGGAGAAACUCCCCAAAUACAGGUGUGCCAAGCUUGUAGCGUCAUACCAAAGAACACUCGAGGCUGUAAUCGCUGCCAAAGGUGCUUCAACAAAGUACUGAGUAAAGGGUCUGAGUACUUAUGUAAAUGUGACAUUUCAUUAUAAUAUAUGUUUUAGCAGAAAUGGCUGAAACAGUUUUUGCUUUGUCAUUAUGGGGUAUUGUGUGUAGAUUGAUUGAGAGAGGGAAAAAAAACAAUUUGAUAAAUUUUAGAAUAAGGCUAUAACCUAACAAAAUGUGGAAAAAGUCAAGGUCUGAAUACUUUCCGAAGGCACUGUAUACCAUUGUCUAGCUCAGUCUCUACUUUUAUCCAAUAUAACAAUUAAACAUUUAGCAACAUAGGACCGAGCUGGCAAUUAUUAACAGGACUCCUUUUAAUAUCGCUUUGAAAACAUUUGCAUGUGGGUCAUAUAAGUCUAGGAACUGGAGCUAGUUACUUUCAUGAGGUAAUAAACCAAAUGACUCUUAAUGACAUGCCACUGAAUCUAUUAUUAUACAGUGGGGAAAAAAAGUAUUUAGUCAGCCACCAAUUGUGCAAGUUCUCCCACUUAAAAAGAUGAGAGGCCUGAAAUGUUCAUCAUAGGUACACGUCAACUAUGACAGACAAAUUGAGGGAAAAAAAUCCAGAAAAUCACAUUGUAGGAUUUUUAAUGAAUUUAUUUGCUUAUGUAUUAUUAUACUUAUGUAAAUGUGAUAUUUCAGUUGUAUUAUAUAUAUAUUUUUUGGCAAACAUUUCUAAAUCUGUUUUUUUGCUUUGUCAUUAUGGGGUAUUGUGUGUAGAUUGAGGGGAGGGGGGGGGGACAAUUUAAUCAAUUUUAGAAUGAGGCUGUAAUGUAACAAAGUGGAAAAAGUCAUCGGGUCUGAAUACUUUACGAAUGCACUGUAAAUAUGUUAGAGAGUCCGAGUUGGAUGGAACUUACCUACCUUCUGCCAAUAUGUAGUGUUGGCUUUUCAUUCAUCAGGCUGUAGGUUGACCAGUGUGUUUCUGUUUGUGUGUUUCAGGAGGGAGCGUCUGCCAGGAAGGCCCAGACACCAGCCCUGCAGCCCGUCCCCAGACCAGGUCUGUAUCUCUCACCACCAAAGCAGAUGAAAUGAAAACAUGGUGUUAAAGUAGGCCUUUUGUAGAGACAGCUUUCCAAGUCAUUCAAAAUCCCUGUAUCAGCAGUCACCACCAACCCUGGCCCUAAAAGUAACUUUUAGUGCUGGGCUGCAAUAAAACCCUGCACGCCAUGUCACGUUGAACUCCUAACGCAGUGUGCAUGUUUUCAUUACAGCACAGCACUCAAACACCUGAUUCAAGACCUUUAUUGGUUGAAUCUCGUGUGUUCGUAAUGGGCUGGCCUGCACACCCUGUUACUCUCGAGGACCAGAAUUACCGUAAUUUUCGGACUAUAAGCCGCGCCAUUUUUCGACCCUGCGGCUUAUAUAACGGUGCGGCUAAUCUAUGGAUUUUUACAGCUAACGGCCACUAGAAGGCCUCCUAAAUCUAUGGAUUUUACAGGUUACAGUCCACCAACUUUAACUCUAUGGGCUCUAUGACCGGUCCGCGCCCCCCACCAGGAAAAGCUGGAGGCCGGAAAAGAGUGAGACAGGUAGCGCGCAAAAGUAAAAGUGGAACCGAGAGUGGUACGAGAGACAGAACGAGAGACAGAACGAGAGCAAGACAGACAGACAUUACGAGAGCGAGACAGUUUGUCUCUUUCCCGACAAUCCCCUCUGUGCACGAACCCUUACAUAUGGUAAUUAAACAUUAAAACACCUGCGGCUUAUAGUCCAGUGCGGCUUAUAUAUGUACACAUCAUUCAAUUUAGCUGCUGCUGCGGCUUAUACUCCGGUGCGCCUUAUAGUGCGGAAAAUACGGUAGUGGUUGACUCAGUAUAUGUAGACAGCUUUCUAUGUACUACUUCAACAUGUUCUUGCCGUUUGAAACACUUUCAAAGUCUAUCUCGGGAUAACUGAUGUUGCUUCAAGGUUGUGACCUUCGCCAAACGUUAGGGAUGUAAAGAUUCUCACACACGCAUCCGUCCUAAGACCCCAAACCGAUCCAAAUUAAGCAUGCAUCAGUAAAGGCGCAUAAAAUUAACACCUGCCAAAUGCGGGUCAAUUUAGGUAUUAGUGGGUAAUAAUGUCUAUUUAUAUAAAGCAAGCAACAAUUUCAAAGAUUUUACAGACUUACAGUGCAUUCGGAAAGUAUUCAGACCCCUUGACUUUUUCCACGUUUUGUUACGUUACAGCCUUAUUCUAAAAAAAGAUUCAAUAGUUUUUUUCCCUCAUCCAUCUACACACAAUAACCCAUAAUGACAAAGCAAAUUAGUUUUUAGACAUUUUUGCAAAUGUAUUAAUAAAAAAUGGAAAUAUCACAUUGACAUAAGUAUUCAGUCCCUUUACUCAGUUGAAGCACCUUUUGGAGCGAUUACUGCCUCGAGUCUUCUUGUGUAUGACGCUACAAGCUUGGCACACCUGUAUUUGGGGAGUUUCUUCCAUUCUUCUCUGCAGAUCCUCUCAAGCUCUGUCAGGUUGGAUGGGGAGCAUUGCUGCACAGCUACACUACCAGUCAAAAGUUUGGACACCUACUAAUUCAAGGGUUUUUCUUUAUUGUUACUAUUUUUUACAUUGUAGAAUAAUAGUGAAGACAUCAAAACUAUGAAAUAACACAUGGAAUCAUGUAGUAACCUAAAGUGUUAAACAAAUCAAAAUAUAUUUGAUAUAUUUGGGAGGGAACCUUCACUGCAUCAUGGCCUUCCAGAGGGUCAACUGGCAGAAGCUUGGCCCCUGGGCCCUCAACCUGGAGAACCUGAGGCAUGACCUCCACCACCAGAGGUCUGAGAGGGCCCAGGGGGGCUUAGCAGAGGCCCAGGAGGACAGGGAGAAGACCUCAGGAAAACACCAGGCUUUGGCCCGGCUAGGCCGCUCCAACAGCACAGGCACCAGUAACCAGAAGGACGUAGCUUGGAAAUGUCUGUCUAACACCACCGAGUACAGACACAGGAGCUCACCUGAGAGCGAUCUCGAAGAAGAUACCACAGAUGACUGA